UUUGAAUAUAGUUAAUUUUUGUAGCAGACGAAAAACAUAACCUUUCAUUUCAGGAUAUUUAGUUGUUAUUAAUUAUUAAUGGUCCGAAUGAAAUAGAAUAGAUUAUCUAUUAUCGUGUGCAUAAUGGCGAAUGACAGGGAGGUAUUGAGAGAAAUUUGGGACGGCAAAAUUCCUGUAUGUUUCACGCUUGAUUCUGAAGAAAUAUGUGAAUUACAAGGACCUGACCCAUUUUAUCUUAUGGUACCUAGGUUAAGUUAUUUUCCACUCUGCACAGAUAAGGUACGAAAACAUUUCAUAAGACAUAUACAGAGUGAUAGUAAGCAAGAGCAUGAGAUGUGGUUAGAAUUUAAUGGUAUUCCACUAAAGUGGCACUACCCAAUUGGUGUCCUUUUGGAUAUUUAUUCCAAUGACGUGGAAUUACCAUGGAAUAUCGUCGUUCACUUUGAUAGGUUUCCAGAAAAUGUAUUAAUGCACUGUCAAAAUAAGGAAGUAGUGGAAGCAUAUUUUCUUUCUUGUAUAAAGGAAGCAGAUGUAUUAAAACACAGAGGUCAGGUUGUGUCUAGUAUGCAAAAGAAAGAUCACAAUCAAUUGUGGUCUGGUUUAUUAAAUGACAAGUUUGAUCAAUUCUGGUCUGUGAAUCGCAAACUUAUGGAGGCUAGUAAUAUUGAAGAAGGUUUUAAAUAUAUACCAUUUCGAUGUUAUACAAGUGAAGACAAAUAUGUACAAAAACUUGUAAAACCUACAAAUGAAGAAGGUCAAAGAAAAACAUUGAGGCAUUUAUUGAAUGAAGUAUUCCCAGAUAAUGAAAAUGUGUUCACCCAUGGUAUUACCCCACCUUUGGAAACACCCCUUCAGUGGAUGUCAGAACAUUUGAGUUACCCUGACAAUUUUUUACAUUUAAUUGUGACAUAA